UGAGGCACAUCUUUGACCUCUGACCCUUUAGAACACAGUGUAUAUCGAGACUCGACUAUAAUUAUAUAGACUGUAGGAGAUCGAGAAGAGAGAAUGGAUCACAUCAGUGUUGAGCUGGAUGAUGAGGAGUCUCCCUUCAGUCAAGUACAGACUGACCAAGGUCCUGUGUCUGGCCAGAUGAAGGGUUCUAGUCCUACACAGGAGGAGGUGACCCCUGGGCAGCAGUCCUGGAUAUCCCUUCUCACUCUAGACUACUAUCAAACACUGUUUGAUGUCUCCACUAAACAGGUAGCUCUGAGGACCGCUGCUGGUAUGACACCAUUCUUCCUGAUACUAGUAGACACUCUCGGGACGAACCCUGACCUCUACGGCCCCUUCUGGUUGGCUGUCACCCUCAUUAUCACUAAUGCAGUGUGUGGAAAUGUCUCCAAGUUAAUACAGGUUGGCUCUGAGUGGGAGUUCCACUUUGCUGAGGUGACUAGUCUUGCCACGGUGGUGCUAGUGUACACGUGGGUGAUGCCACUGUGCGUGUGGGCUCUACUCUGGUGGAGAGGUGUGAGGGACACUUACACUCUCAUGCAACUACUAGCCAUCUAUGGAUAUUCCAUGGCUACCUUUAUACCACUAUCAAUAUUGUGGACUAUUCACAAUGAGGUGCUGCGAUGGUGUCUGUUAGCAGUGGCCUGUGCUCUGUCAGGAGGUGUGCUGGGUAGAUCACUAUGGAAACCACUCAGUCAAGACAACAGAAAGGUUGCUCUGGUGAUUCUGGCUGUAUUGCUAUUGUUUCACUGUGGCCUCACUGUUGGAUUCAAGUUCCUGUACUUCUCAUCCUCUGCCACUCAACUAUCUACACCAACUGAGUUUCUGCUAGGCACUCCUAUGAACAAUGUCUCAUUUUAAUUUUCAUUGGAAAACAUCAACAUUGAUAAUUGGUAAAGAUCAUCAAAUAUAAUUUUCAUUCCCAA